AUGGCUCGAUUAGCGAUGGAGAAUCGUCCGAGGACCUUAUGGGUUGAUGAGACUCAUGAAUGGUGUCGAAGGAGCGAGUCUAUCAAGCAACCUUUGCCAUUACCUGACCACCAGUCCAGUGUCGCAACAGCGGAUCGCGACCAGGCAUCGGCUCCUGUGCAACGCAAAACCCAAGUACAGCCGCUGAAAUCACAGGUGGUUGAAGACCCAUGGAGGAUGUGGGAACCGGUCAUUAAGCUUGUCUAUACACGGCCGGUCUGGCAGGCCCGGCGGAGGAACAAAAAGCACAGCUAG